AUUUACCAACAAGAUGAGUUCACUUACAAACCCGCGCGAAUCUUUCAGCAAUUUCAGUACGAGCAAUCGAAUUAUUAGUUUUUCAUUAAUUUUAAACCAAUAAUUACAGUUAAAGUAUUUUAACAGUGUUGUACCAUAAAUGUUUACUAAAACAUGUUUGGAUUUGUGGAGGGAAGAAAGCAAACAGCUCGGCAUCGUGACAUUUUGUCGAGAUCUGGACCAGGCAAUCGGUAAUGGCAUUUCCGUUGGAAUGAUCACGGAAUUGUGCGGUCCACCCGGAAGCGGAAAGACCCAGAUGUGCUUGCAGCUGUGCAUCAACACUCAGAUUCCUGUUCAAUUAGGAGGAUUAGGCGCGAAAGCCAUAUAUUUUGACACAAACUUUGGUUUUCAUCCAUGCAGAUUACAAGAAAUAGCUUCCGCAUGCGUCACACACUGCCAGAAACUUGUGCAGAUCCAUAAGAAAGAGUUAGCAACGGUCACACGUGAUUUCACCGUCGACAGUUUAAUGAACGGAGUUUACUACAAGCACAUUCAAAGCUGCAGUGAAUUAUUGGAGGGAAUUGAAACGCUUGGCUCGCUUCUAAAAUCAGGAGAUAAGAUAAAAUUAGUGGUGCUAGACUCAGUGUCGUUUCUCAUCAGAAAUAAUAUAGAAAAUUCUUUCGAAAGAAUAGAAGUGGAUCAUGUUAUACUUACAAAGCUUCACGUUCUUGCUCAUCAGUAUAAAUGUGCGAUUGUGAUCACCAACGAUGUAACGACACGAAUUAACGGACAAGACUCCAAGAUAGUACCUGCUCUGGGAGAUGCUCAUAGUCAUAAGAUCAACCAACGAAUAGUGCUUGGGCAGUCCGACGAGGAUCCUGCAGGAGUUCACAUAGCAUCGGUGGAAAAGGGACUAUUUCGGACACGUAUGGCUGUGAAGUUUCAAAUCAGUCAAGCUGGCAUUAGAGGCGUACGGAAGAAGUGAUAUUAGGCUACGGGUUUUAAACAUAUGUGUUUUAUUACUGUUACUGUCUAUACAGACCAAAUCUGUGAUAAUUUUCAACAAAACAGGCGUACAUUUGUUAUUUGAAAGAAACGACAAUAAAUACACUUAACA